AUGGACAGGGUCGCGCUGGCGUGGCUGGCUCUCCUCGGGCUGACAGCCCUGGCAGGUGGUCUCCAGGUCACAGUGCCCGACAAGAAGCAAGUGGCCAUGCUCUUCCAGCCCACGCUGCUCCGCUGCCACUUCUCCACGUCCUCCCGUCAACCCGCCGUUGUGCAGUGGAAGUUCAAGUCCUACUGCCAGGACCGCAUGGGGGAGUCCCUGGGCCUGGCCUCUCCCCGGGCCCAGGCUCUCAGCAAGAGGAACCUGGAGUGGGACCCCUACCUGGACUGCCUGGACAGCAGGAGGACCGUUCGCGUGGUCGCUUCAAAACAGGGCUCGACCGUCACCCUGGGCGACUUCUACCGGGGCAGAGAGGUCACCAUCGUCCACGAUGCAGACCUUCAAAUUGGAAAACUCAUGUGGGGAGACAGCGGCCUCUAUUACUGUAUCAUCACCACCCCCGAUGACCUGGAGGGCAAAAACGAGGACUCGGUGGAGCUGCUGGUGUUGGGCAGGACAGGGCUGCUUGCUGACCUCUUGCCCAGUUUUGCUGUGGAGAUUAUGCCAGAGUGGGUGUUUGUCGGGCUGGUGAUCCUGGGCGUCUUCCUCUUCUUCGUCCUGGUGGGCAUCUGCUGGUGCCAGUGCUGCCCGCACAGCUGCUGCUGCUACGUCCGCUGCCCCUGCUGCCCCGAGUCCUGCUGCUGCCCCCAGGCCUUGUAUGAAGCAGGGAAAGCAGCCAAGGCCGGGUACCCUCCCUCUGUGUCCUGUGUCCCCGGCCCCUACUCCAUCCCCCCCGUCCCCUUGGGAGGAGCCCCCUCAUCGGGCAUGCUGAUGGACAAGCCGCACCCACCGCCCCUGGCUCCCAGCGACUCCACUGGAGGCAGCCGCAGCGUUCGCAAGGGUUACCGGAUCCAGGCGGACAAGGAGCGGGACUCCAUGAAGGUCCUGUACUACGUGGAGAAGGAGCUGGCUCAGUUUGACCCGGCCCGCAGGCUGAGGGGCCACUAUAACAACACCAUCUCGGAACUCAGCUCCCUGCACGAGGAGGACGGCAGUUUCCGCCAGUCCUACCACCAGAUGCGGAGCAAGCAGCUCCCCGUGUCCCGGGACCUGGAGAGCAAUGCCGACUACUGGCCGGACGUCAUGGGAGGCAGCAGCGGGGCGAGCCGGGGGCCCUCGGCCAUGGAGUACAACAGGGAGGACCGGGACAGCUUCAGGCUCAGCCAGCAGCGCUCCAAGUCCGAGAUGCUGUCGCGCAAGAGCUUCGCCACGGGGGUGCCGGCCGUGUCCAUGGACGAGCUGGCCGCCUUCGCCGACUCGUACGCGCGGGCCCGGCGGGCGGCGGAGGACGGCCUGGACGCCAGGCCGGGCGGCCGCUUCGAGCGCGCGGAGCCGCGGGCGCGCGGGGGCCUCUUCGGGGACGGCCCGCCCGAGGGCUACUCCCCGGAGCCGUACUUCGGGCCGCGGAGCCGCAGCCGCGAGCCCCCCGCCGAGGCCGAGCGCGCCUGGACCCCCGAGGCCGCGCCGCUGCCCCGGCUGGUGAGCCUGCCGGCCUGCGAGCGCCCGGGCCGCGGCGGCAGCCUGGACACCCCCGCCCGGCGCGGCCCCUGCUACGCCUGGUCCCCGCCCGCCUCCUACCGGGCCUGCGCCCCGCGGGGCAGCGACGAGGGCGACUCGGCCGAGGACACGCUGCCGCCCUACAGCGAGCUGGAGCUGAGCCGCACGCCGUCCCGCCGCGGCCGCGACCCGGCCGCCCACGGCUCCUCGGAGAAGCGGCGGAAGAAGGAGCCCGCCAAGAAGCCGAACGACUUUCCAACCAGGAUGUCCCUCGUGGUCUGA